UAUUCCCGCGUUAUCGCGUCUGCCGUGAUUGCAGGAUCUCUUACGCGGAUAAGUAUAUAUGUCUAUAGGUAGUGCGUAUACUGCGUAAGCUUUUUGCGAGAGAGUAGUGGACAGGUAGGAGAUAAUCUCAUCCUUGAUUAUUUGUGAUUCGCGCGAGAUGGAGAGUGGGAGAGACGGCGGAGAGGUGAACGGCGAUGUGAAAGAAACGCCGUCCUCAGUCGUUAAAAACUCCAAGUCGGAGGAGCCUCGUGACGAAAGGCAGCAACAGCACGUAACCAACAUGGGCAAGCAGAACGACGAGGAUUUGGACGAGGGUGCGCAAGAGCGAAUGCUCCAGGGGGACGAUGGCAACGCGAAGAUCACCGAGAAAGAUAACAUCGAGGUGAAAUUUAUCUCUGAGAAUGGUGAUGUCAAAAUCGAUAUUGAACCGAGUAAAGAUACUCUCGUAGGAAUGAGCAAGGAAGAAUUGAUGAAAUUUGCCAAUGAUCCAUUUUGGGUAAGACUGAGAUGGGCUCUGUUUAUCUUUUUUUGGCUAUUGUGGAUAGGCAUGUUGGCUGGUGCUAUAGCUAUCGUUGUGAUAGCACCAAAAUGUGCAGCACCUGAGCCAAAAAAAUUCUGGGAAGAAAGUCCAAUUAUUCAGUUGGAUAUCUUAGAUUCUCCUACCAAUGAUUUGAAAGGCCUGGAACUUGUCUUAAGUGACUUGAAAGAUCGACACAUUAAAGCUAUUUCUCUCUCAUCAAUAGUGAAGGAAGAUGCAGAUGGAACAACCGAAGAUUUCAAAGCUCUUGAAUCAAAAUUAGGAAACAUUAGUGACUUGGAAAAUCUCAUCAAAGCUGCAACAGAAAAAGAUCAACAAAUCUUUUUGGAGUUGGAUCCCAAUCAUUCUUCUGUAGAGCAUCCAUGGUUCAAACGAUCUGUAGAGAAAGAGGAUCCAUAUACUUCUUAUUAUGUAUGGGCUGAUGGUGGGAAAGAAAGACAAAAUCCUCCGAAUAAUUGGUUGAAUGUCUAUGGUGAAUCUGCAUGGGAAUGGAAUGAACAAAGAGGACAAUAUUAUCUUCAUCAAUUCAAUAAGUCACAACCUGACUUGAAUUACAACAAUCCAGCAAUGGUGAAAGAAUUUGGGGAUAUCUUAAUUCAUUGGCUGAAAUUGGGAAUUAGCGGCUUUCGUUUAGCGAAUACAUCGUUCUUAACAGAAGAUCCAGAUCUUCGUGAUGAGCAUCCGAGUCUUCUUCCUGUAGAAAGAAAUAAUUAUCAAUCAUUGGUACACGUUUAUACGCGCAAUCGUCCAGAGAACGUUGCAAUAUUAACAAAAUGGCAAGAAAUAGUUCGUAACGAAACUGAUGGUAAAGGAUUAUUCGCGUUACAAGACGACAUUAGUGCAGAUAUCUUGCAAGUUUACAAUGAAAAGAAGGCAAUAAUUGACUUACCACAAAGUUCACAUUUUCUUACUACUGCCAAUGCGAGCAUCAAUGCGACUGUAUUGCGUAGAAGUAUAUCACAGUGGCUCAGAAUUACAUCAUGGCCUGCAUGGGAUCUCAAUGGUAAGCAACAGUCUUUGAAACAUCGUAUGCCUAAUGUCGCCGAUAGCUUCACGUUAAUGACAAUGCUAUUGCCGGGCACGCCAAUUCUACGAUUAGAUGAUGUCAUGUCUCUGAAAGACACAUUUGCAACCUUAUCAAAUGCUCGAAGAGGCUUGACAUUCCUUCAUGGAAGUACGACGUUUAGAGUAAUAAACGAAACUGUCUUCGUAUAUGCGAGAAGUUGGGUAAGAAGCGGCAAUCCCGGGUAUUUGGUGGCAUAUCAAACAGGAAAUGAGUCAGCGAUCAUAGAUCUGUCUGAGAUACCGCAAAUAUCGGAAGAAAUCACUGUAGUUGCGUGUAGUCCCAAUUACAUUCGAGACCCAGAAGUGAGGACAAAGUUAUAUUCAAACAAAGUACCUAUAUCACCAAAGAGCACACUGAUCUUAACAUUUGUGCCAAAGGAGUAAUCGAUAAGGAUAUUUUAAAUGCAAAAACAAUCGAUUACAUAUAAUAGCAUUUUUGCUUCAACAUACAAGGUAUUUAGAGGUUAUAUAAUGGGAGAUUAUAUAAAAAAAAAAUAAAAUUAAAAUACUGGAAUUAAAAAUUAAAAUUAUAG